GCAGCGGGAAAGCUCAGACGAAAUCGGGAAAGCGCGAGGAGAGGACCGAAGGAAAUCUCUCUGUGCCGUGUAGCCGGAUUCUGCGUGGCGCGUAGUUUCACUGUCAUGUACACAGUUUCCGCAUUUCCACUAUGACAUUUUCCUUGGCUUGUCUCGUGGUCACCUGUAGUUAUUUCGGAUUUCAAACUAUCGUCGACGCGCAAGUGUAUCAACGUCCAGAUAAUUUUGCUCUCCUUUCAGCGACGUUACGAACAUAUCAAACUGCCGGAUGCGAUAACGAUAUCGUUACUUUAAAAUGUCCAGCCGGCACGAGCAUCUCGGUGCAGAUUGCCCAGUAUGGAAAAUCCUCAUCUCACGGAUUAUGCAGUUCCAAACAAAUGCCAUCAAGUUUGGUGCCAGAUGUUCCACAGCAAACUGUUUGUCUCUUACCUAACACCAUACAGUACUCUUUGUUACAGACUGUCGUGGAAGCUUGUCAGCAAAAGCGCCAAUGCAAAUUUCAAACUUCCCCUACCACUUUCGGAGGAGAUCCUUGCCCUGGAUUACCCAAAUAUGUCGAAGUAGCGUACAAAUGUCGCCCUGAUGAAUUUCGCAGCAAGAUGGCUUGCGAAAAUGACAAGAUAUUGUUACGAUGCAAUCCCAACUCCCGGAUAGCCGUUUACAGUUCCAGCUAUGGGAGAACGCCAUAUGAAAGUAUACAAUGUCCGCAACCACAAGGAGUACCAGAAGAGACAUGUUUAGCAAGUUAUGCGACGGAAACUGUGAUGCAUCUGUGCCAUGGGAAAAGAAAUUGCGAUAUAUCGGCCGACGUAAGUACGUUUGGCAGCCCUUGCAAGCCUCAAUCCAGGAUGUACCUGAGGGUUGCGUACACAUGCGUACCAAGGAGGGUACUUAAAGAUCAGUACGAUGCUCCUUUAGAACCAGACGAGUCACCUGAGGACGAAAGAGAUAAUGACGUUUAUGAUAUAGAAAGGGAGAAUAUCCGUGAGUCAGCAGUAUCACCGGCUAGUCCUAACUUAGUAGAAAACAGUUCAAAUGACAAUACUACUAACGUCGAAGCUGGAUUUCUACCAACAAAUUUCUAUGGUCUCCAAUUUGAAAUCCACAAAAAUUACGUUAUAUUUUUUGUUGUGAGCGUAGUGAUCGCUACUGUUUUAUUGUUGAGUUUUCUGGUGGGCCGAUUCUUAUUCCAGAAACACCGAAACCAAAGGGAAGCGAAAUUCUACACGGCCAGUAUAUCUGAUCAUACUCUUGCCAAUGGAUUCACCGAUGACAUUAGUGAGGUUGAUGUUGACAUAGAUCUUCAAACCACGCUUCCAAUGACCACACCUUCUGUAACAAUCCACCCAGUACCCAUGGGUACCAUAGCGGAAGUGGUCAGGUACCCAGAAUAUCCACGCCAUAUGCAUCCUUACUCCCAGUCCUUCCCGGCAGAUCCUAACACGAUUUUGGAAGGAAAUAUUGUGCCAGCCAAGACGAUGAGGGCCCCAGGUACCAGCCAGUACUACUACGGAUGACCUGGGCUGUCGAGGGGCGAAAUGGUUCCUCGAAACGUUCCGGAGACAAGGGACAAACGUCACAACACGUUCGGGUGCCAAGAACAGCGCACAUAUUGUUUUUGAAUUUGUUAAAGAUAAAUAUAAGAUUGUUGUUGUGGUUUAGGAGAUCUAAGAAUAUCAUACGAUUGAAAUAAAAUGAAUAUAUUAGGGGAAAAUAUAUAUAUCUAUUUAAUAAUGCAUCGCUGUUAUUUGGUCGUGUGAUAUUUCGGAAGUUUGUAAAUAAUAAUAUUUAAAAGAAUCGUUUGAGGGCAUGUAUUGAUGUUUAUAUUUUUUUAAUAAA